UGCACGCUGCACCAUGCCAUGAGUGGGACGCCGCCCUAAUGACGCUGGUUGUUGUCAGUUGUUGCAUAUCGAAUGUAGUUUGUAACUCGGCUUUUGGAAAAAAAUUUGAUAAAAUAGACAGCUGGUGACACAAAUGAUUGUGAAAAAUUGUCGGAAGUUCUCACUUUCAAGUUUUGUAAAAUAAAUAGGAAAAUAUAAAAGUUUACGUUUUUUUUAUUAAGUUGGAGAAUCGAUAUAUCGUGUUCGUGCAGUAUUUUAGCAUACUCUAGUUUCUCGUCAUGCUUGUCAUUUCUACGCAAUCAAGAUUAUUAAAAAGGCUACAAUGACGAAUUGCUUUCAUAAGUGACAUUUAUCUUGAUAGCUAAGACUUGCGACUGUAAUCAAGACGUUCGGUGCAAGUAUAUUUUAUUACAAGUGCGACAAACAAGAUUAAUAAAAGAUGAGCUCAAACAGUCUGUUGAAUUCGUCAUCUGGCGAAAUAGAUCACAUUCACAAGGCUGCUGCAGAUUUUGGAGCUCUAUAUCUUUCAGAAAAAUAUUCGGAUUUAACAUUAAUAGUACGAGGUGUAAAAUUUCCAUGUCAUAGAAUUAUUCUUGCCUCACGUAGCCAGUAUUUCCACGCUCUUUUAUAUGGAGGUAUGAAAGAAUCUAUAGAAAAUACUAUAGAAUUGGAAACUACUUCAAUAAAGGCAUUCAGCAACUUGCUUGAAUAUAUAUAUAAAGGUCGCAUGUCUCUUGCUCAGGAAAAUGAAGGGACAAUAAUACAAAUACUGGCAUUGGCACAUUUGUAUGGAUUUGUUGACCUUGAGGCUGCUAUAUCAGGUUAUUUGAGAGAAAUAUUAAGUACAGAGAAUAUAUGUUCAAUUUUAGAUAUUGCAUUGUUAUAUAAUUUGGAAGUUUUGAAGAAGGUUUGUCUUGAAUAUAUGGACAAGCAUGCACCUGAAGUCAUCCAAAGUAAAACUUUCAAGCAAAUGAGUCCUGAAGCUUUAAUUCAAUUGCUAUCUAGAGAUUCUUUCUAUGCACCAGAAUUCGAGAUCUUUUUAGCUGUAUGGUCAUGGGUCACAGCUAACUCUAGGGUCAAUCCAAAAGAAGUUUUAGCACAGAUUCGAUUAGUUCUUAUUCCGGAUAUGCAAAUUCUAAAGGAUGUUCGAGACAGUGGAUUAUUGUUAGAUAGUGUUCUUUUGGAUGUAUUAUAUGAACAAAAGCUAAAAAAAAAUCACGAACUUCCUCAUCGUGGCUGUUUACUUGUUGAUGAAAACGUUGCUUGUCUAAAGCUUGGAGCGCAAGUAUUGCAGGGAGAAAUGCGCAAUUUUUUACUUAAUGGGGACGUUAAGAAUUAUGACUUGGAACGUGGCUAUACAAGACAUACUAUAAGCGACAAAAACGACACUGGAAUUUUAAUCAAAUUAAAAAAGGAAUAUAUUAUAAAUCACAUAAAAAUGUUACUAUGGGAUUUAGAUGACCGAUCUUAUUCAUAUUAUAUAGAGGGAUCCAUAAAUCAAGAUCACUGGGUCAGACUUAUCGAUCAUACAGACUAUUAUUGUCGCAGUUGGCAAUAUUUAUACUUUGAACCAAAAGUAAUUAUGUAUAUUCGUAUUGUAGGAACAAAUAAUACAGUAAAUAAGGUUUUCCAUGUUGUUAGUUUUGAAGCAUACUACACAAAUCAUACAGUGAAAUUAUGCAAAGGCAUUAUAGUACCUACACAAAAUGUUGCUCUUGCAGAAAAAAGUGCAGCUGUUAUUGAAGGUGUCAGUAGGUUCCGUCACACUUUAUUGAAUGGAGAUAUUACCAAUUAUGAUUGGGACAGCGGAUACACUUGCCAUCAACUAGGCUCAGGAAAUAUUCUGAUUCAGUUGGGCCAACCGUACAUGAUAGAUUCUAUGCGACUAUUACUUUGGGAUUGCGAUAAUCGUUCAUACUCGUACUACAUACAAGUAUCGGGCAACAGAGAAAACUGGAAAUUAGUCGUCGAUAAAUCCAGAGAACCUUGUCGAUCAUGGCAGACAAUACGCUUUAGUCCAGGCCGUCCAGUUGUUUUUAUACGUAUAGUAGGAACACACAAUACUGCAAAUGAGGUAUUUCAUUGUGUACACUUUGAGUGUCCAGCGCAAUUAGAAGAUAAAUCUCCAAAAUCGCCAAAACAUUGCGAAUCAUCUGAGGGUGAGAAUAUCUCAUCGUCUUUACCACCUUUGUUGCCUCUGAUUCCUGAAGUAGCAAGAGAAGCAGUUCAUAUUGAUGAUAAUGACGACUAGAAAUAAACGAGCAUCAAAUGACGAAGGAACAAAUAAUGAAAUAACGUAACAAAGGUAUCAAUAGCUGCUCUUUGAGCUAAAUAAUUUUCAUUAAUCUAUUCAAGUAAUAUUUAGAACUGUGACAUAAAUUGUAGCUAUUUAUACAUAAAAAGAGAGCAGUUUCUGAUGACCUUGAUUUUGACAUGGUAUCAAGGUCAUGGUUCUGAUUGACCUUUAAAAGGUUUUAAAUAAUGCUCACUGUUCAUUAAAAAGUUAUUCACAAAAAAUGAUUCACUAAAAUAAAAUUUAUCAUACAUAGAACGUAAUUGAAAAGUCGCAAAUCUAUGUGGAACAGUACAAUCAUAGAUUUCGCUUUCUCCCUAAGCAGAGGAGGUGUGGGUUGACACUCACUUCGCGUGGAAAGUCAAAAACGCAUAUGGAAAAGAACAAUUAUAGACCUCGCUUUGCUCCGUAAGCAGAGAGAAAAGUAGGGUGGAUCUAGUUUUGCGUGAAAGCAGGAAGCUAUACAAAGUCGACACAAAUAACUUUAAACUUAACAUAUUAUAUCAACAUACAAUCUUUGUUUUUAUUUCGUCAGUAACUGACGUGUACGGCUUAGUCUGUGUUAGACAGUAGAUCAAAUAACUUCGAUUUCAAGACACUUCUCUAAAUCAACAUACAUUUUCAUAAGUUCAUUCAUAUAACUCACGAUUUCGACCGUUUGUGGAAUUUCUUAUAGAGCAAAGUGAGACCUAUGAUUGUACUGUUCUACUGGGUUUGCGACUUUUCAAUUAUGUUCUAUGUAUGACAAAUUUUAUUUUAUUGAUAUAUCAUUUUUGUUAGUAACUUUUUAACAAGCAGUAAGCAUCAUCUAAAAUCUUUUGAGUGUCACUCAAAGCCAUGGCCUUGAUAAUGUAUAUCAAAAUCGAGGUCGUCAGAAGCUGCUCUCUUUUUAUGUAUGUUUACUAAAGUGUAUAUUGUGUAAAAGUUCUGUAAGAUUACAAAAUUUAUGACACUAUACAAUGUGGAGACGAGAUCGUCCUAUCUCUCUGGAAUACGUACCGUGUACGAUCUACAAGCUAUGAUUCUCAAGCUGCUGAUUUAAGAGAAAUCUUUUGCAUUUAAAAUCUCUAAAUUUUCGAGUUUUUUUGCACAUGAGAAGCGAGAAAUUACAUAUUAAAAGUUUCUUGCUACGACUUUAUUUUUUUAGUUUUCUCUAAAAAAUAUUAUUUUGUAAUUAUGAAACUUAUAAAAUAUGCAACAAAAAUCUUGUGAUAUAUCUGAUACGUCACAGAAGUAUGCAAUAAUUCCUGAAGUAGCGGAUAUUAUUUCUUGUCAGUGUGAAAAUUAAACUAUAACAAAACAAAGAGUACUACGCUGAACUUUCACAUUUAAUUUCUCUAUAUUUCACACAUUUUUGUAUUUCCACUAUAAUUGAGUUUGCGGCAUGUUUUGUUCCUCUAAGAAUCAUAAUAUUAACUUUUUAUUAAAAAAAAACUAAACCUAAAGCAAUAAUUUGCAAGAAACUUUUAGUGUGCAAUUUCUUGUAUCUGACAUUCUUACACAAAGACAAUGAAAGGGGAGCCGAGAGCUUCAGAAGUAUAUUUCUAAAACGAUUUCUUGAAGUUUCAAGUCCUAGUUGAGGAGAUACUUUUCGCAAUUCUUUUUUCUACGGAUUAUUGUUAGGGUUUUUAUUGAGUCGUUAUAUAGAAACUGGAUUUUGAAGACAAAUUCUUUUCUAUGCCGCUCGCCGUCAGACACACAUAUGCUUCUAAAAACUUUAAACAUAUAUAUAUAAUGUAUUUCGAGUGUUAACGACAAGGAUAAAAUGUUAUCUCUAAAGUACUGCCCUCGUAAUGAAGUAUUAAUAUUUUAGAUUACGACUCAUUUCGACUAUUUCACUGAAAUUUAUUCAUUCUUAAUAUCUUUCGAUCACCCAUAUUUACGAUUUUUUGCCGUUUAUGAUAUAAUAGAUUCAAUAUACGCAUCAUUUUACUGUCGAAACAAUAAUAGAAAAAACA